CUCCGCACGUCCCACUGUCCCGCACGUAGGCGGUCCCGCAACUGGGGCUGCGCUCUGUUUACAGACGGGAGGUUAUAAAUCCGCUCGUCGCGCAACAGCCGCUCGUAGAUUAGCACUAGGCUGCUGGCUGGCUAGUGAAGGAGUGUUGUGCGGGCCAUAUACACUGAGACAAUAGCGGGUUCCUGCCUUCUUCGUAUCUGAGACUUUUUGUGGAUUUUUUUUUGUGUGUUUUGUUUUGGAAAUUGUUACUGGUACUGUGAAGAAAAAAAAUGGUUCAGAACAAGAUUGCAGAGCUGAAAGGUUUCCACCGUUCCUUUAAGGGUCAGACUCCCUUUGAUGGAUAUUGUGAUGACACUGAACCAUCUCAUAUUGAGAAGGUGUUUAAUUUUGACUGUCCCGGAAGACCUGACAUGCCCUCAAGUAAACCCAUUGACAUCCCAGACGCAAAGAAAAGGAACAAAAAGAAAAAACGAUGUCGAGCCACAGACAGCUUCAGUGGCAAGUUUGAAGAUGUUUACAAGCUGAAUGGAGAGAUGUUGGGGGAGGGGUCUUUUGCCAGGGUACAGACCUGUGGAAAUCUAAUCACCAAUAAAGAGUAUGCUGUGAAGAUUAUUGAGAAACGACCGGGCCACAGUCGCAGUCGGGUGUUCCGUGAGGUGGAGAUGCUUUAUCAGUGUCAGGGACACAGGAACAUUCUUGAACUUAUUGAAUUCUUUGAAGAUGAGGACAAGUUCUACUUGGUGUUUGAAAAAAUGGAAGGAGGGUCUGUAUUAACGCACAUACACAGACGAAAGCACUUCAACGAACGGGAAGCCAGUAUUGUUGUCCAUGAGAUAGCAAGUGCAUUGGACUUCCUCCACAACAAAGGCAUGGCCCACCGCGAUUUGAAGCCGGAGAACAUCUUGUGUGAAAACCCAGAGCAGCUCUCUCCUGUAAAGAUCUGUGACUUUGACCUGGGAAGUGGGAUAAAACUGAAUGGAGACUGUUCCCCCAUUUCGACCCCUGAACUUCUGACGCCGUGCGGCUCAGCAGAGUACAUGGCCCCCGAGGUCGUGGAGGUGUUUAACGAGGAGGCUUCGAUCUACGAUAAACGCUGUGACUUGUGGAGUCUGGGUGUUAUACUGUACAUCAUGCUCAGCGGCUAUCCACCCUUCGUUGGGAACUGUGGUACCGACUGUGGUUGGGACCGUGGUGAGGCGUGCCCUUAUUGUCAGAAUAACCUAUUUGAGAGCAUCCAGAAAGGAAAAUAUGAGUUCCCUGACAAAGACUGGGCUCACAUCUCUUUUGGUGCCAAGGAUCUCAUUACGAAGCUCCUCGUCAGAGACGCCAAGAAGAGGUUGAGUGCAGCACAGGUGCUGGAGCACCCAUGGGUGCAGGGGCAUGCACCAGAGAACACGCUGCCAACACCCCGUCUUCUCCAGAGGAACAGCAGUGCCAAAGAUCUCACGUAUUUUGCGGCCGAGGCAAUCGCCGUCAACAGGCAGCUCACUCAGCACGAAGAAAAUCAGGACGAGGAGAGUCAGCCAGUCCUCAUCAAAGCUACCUCAUGUUCCAUGCGGCUGUCUCCUCCCUCCGAGUCUAAGCUGGCCAAACGGAGGCAGAAGACGAGUGCAAUCCACGCAGCCAAUCAGCAGCUGUUGCCACCCUUGGUCCUGGUUGACAAUUGUGCGUGACAUCAUUUAUUCCCUGAAACACAUGAGCAAUUAAGCCAGGGCUCUCUGGCUGGUUUCCAAUUCUGGCAAUAUUACAAUACUGCUUCACACAAGGAGGAGCUGUUUACAGCAUUUGAAACCUGUAAAGGAUUGUUUGCAAUUAUAAAAUGCUUAAGAGUCAAACAGCUGAGAAGCCGAGCAAGAAUUUAAGCACCUGUCUCUUCACCAAAGGAAUGUUUUCUUUUUUUUUAAAAAAAAGCAGUUUUUAAACUUGUACUGUGAUCACCUCCAUAACAAUUGUGGUUUUAUUUUAGCUGCUUUUUUUUUCAUUGUGUUAGCUUGGGCUACUGAGACUGAGCUGUGUGUCUCUGCAUUUUCCAGCAGUUCCCAUUCUUUCCAUUGUCUUCCCUGGGCACUGGCAAUGGGGGCGGGAGAGGGAGGGAGGGCUGGAUUUAGAAGGUCUCGGCUGCAUAAGACUUGGGAGACUAGACACACCAAACACUCAUCGAAAGCUAGUGUACUCUACAGUUUAUUUAAAAACAAAAAACACGGCUACUUUUGCAUGCCAGAGGAAGGUGUGCAAGAGAGAUUUUUGUAUAUUCUGUUUUUUAAAAAAAUACUUUAGUUGUGCAUUCAUCUUACCUGUCACUUUUUUUUUCAUUCUUACUGCAUUUUUCGGGAGGGAAAAUGUAUAAAUUCUGCUUCCUUAAUUUCUACCAAGUCACACACUUUGAUUCUUUGAAUUCUGCAGCAGGAGUUAGGGAAAGACGAGAGUAUUAGAGGUGGGCUUGGGACAGGAGAAAGAUUUUGAGGAAAAAGGCAUUCCAGAUACAAAAAUAAGAGUAGUCUUUUUAAGGUUUGUGUGAAAUCUUCCAAAUUUUAUUGUUUGUGUUCAUUUUGUUUUGCAAAACUCUAGAUGGGCUCUGAAAGUGCCACAUACUGAUUUUUUCUCUUUUCUUUUUGAAGCUUUGAAAAGUGAGUGUUAGUGUGUGUUUUUCUGUGCUUGUGGGCUUACAUGCCCAUCCUUGUUAAUGUGGUGGUUGUGUUCAAAGCCACUGAAUGUAUACUUUAAGUUUUUCUCUCUGUCGCUGACUUGAAAUCCUGUUUGGAAGUGUCCAGUGGAACCGAGAGUGGGGCAGUGGCUCCUCUGUUGCCAUAGGGUGGGGUGGCAGGGAAGCUUGUAAGGUGUGGAGUUUAUGUAAACAACCUCUGAGGGGGUGGGGAAACUGGCUGUGUCUCGGCCACUGAGGAAUAUGUAGCUGGAGUGUAACAAUCCACUGCCAUAUUAAUAGUGCUUCAGCUCAGAAGCUCGUUCCCAGGUGUGGUCCCAUCUGAUAUUUCCCAAAAAAAGGCUGCUCAUUUUAAUGUAAGAAAACAUGUCUCCCUGCUGCACAAAUGAAGAGAGCUUCAAAUAUGUUCAGUCAGUCUCAGUCAAGCCUGCACUAAGGACAAGUUGCAGUCGAUCGCUGGGUUACUGGAGGGAGCUCUAGCAGAUUGAAAAUGUGAAGGCCUUUGCAGGUGGGAGUGAGUUCGGUGAUGUCACAAACUUUAUCAGCUCUGCACAAAGGAAACACUUAUGGGGUCGCAAAGGGCACUUUGCCAGUGGAGGGGUGACAAUGUAGUCUGCAGUGUGGGAAUGAAUUAAAACUAUUUCCUUCAUCUUCAAGUAUUUUGAGUAAAAGUACCUCAAAAUGUAACAAUUAUAUAGAAACCAUUUCCUUGUAGGUGUACCUUCUGAUUCUGUUUGCUGUUAUGAAUGGGUUUUCCUUGAAUGGAAGAGUGAAUUGAAAGUAUCUUUUGGCUGUAACAUUUAUUUUGUUUUGUAGUUACAAGUUUGUCUGUCUUCUAUCUUGAGUCUUCCUGGUGGAAUCUAUGCAAAAAAUAAUUGCAUUGAGGUGAUGUUUGUUGAAGUGAAUGACUUUAAAUUUGGACUUGCCUCUCAUUUUGGGAGGAUCCACGGCUGGUGGUGAACCUUCUCAGUUGUGGGAACUAUUUUGGAUGUGAAAAUAUUCAGGCAGAAACUUGGAAGCCUUUAAAAUCAAAAGUUUUUGUUCUUCUGAACGUUGAGUGGAUUAAACUGAAGUCCAAACUCACUCAUUGGAAAUGUGUGAGUGAUGGCUUAAGAAUAUCCUUUAAUGCAAGUUAGAUCCAUUGCCCAAUCUGACUAUUUUCUGAAACAGUAUUAUCAGCGAUUGUACGGUACUUUAUAAUGGACCGCUGGUAGUACACGCAGCCAAUUUAAAUUCUUGUACAUUGCUAUUAUGUUUUGCUGAGUAUGACAUGUUCUCGUUGUCUUAUACUAAGACAACUAGAAUUUUGUAAGUGUUGUAUCAUCUCAUUUGAAUGGUGGCCUGCGCUGAGCAGUGGCACAGCUUGGUCUAGUUAAAGCACCAGCCGUAACUGAGUACUGUUGGUAUAUUAGCUGGCUCCUAAGGGGCAUGAAGCAAAAGCACUUUAUACACCAGGUGACUGAUGAGAUUCACUCUGAAACUUCUUACUGUUGUUGCCAGGAUAUUUUGUAUUGUUUUAUAAAAAUUUUAAUAAAUGCUUCAAACUUAAAUGAUUGUCUCUC